AUGAAGGGCCGUUGCGUCUGCGAGAAUUUGCAGUACUCGCUAGAACUUGAAUCCCUGGACGAUGCGAGAACCACACUUUGCCAUUGCAACAGCUGCAAGAGGGCGUUUGGAACCAACUAUGGUCUCACAACCAAGGUCCCCCUCCAGGGUUUCAAGUACGAGGCUGGAACCCCCAAAAAGUUCAAGCAGCACAAUGGUGUGACAAGGGAGUUUUGCGAUAACUGUGGCGCUUACAUCUGUGAAUACGGGGAAGAAGCAGCGGACAAGUUCCGGUACAUCAUGUGGGGGUCCUUUGAUGAGCCAGAAAAGGUACCUCCCAAGGGCGAGUUCUUCUGCAAGAACAAGCCCAAGUGGAUGCCCGAUAUCCCAGGCACCUUCCGGAAGCAGGAGAUCAAGGAGUAACGGCAUGCAUGACGAAAAAGAACACCGAGAUGAGCUCAUGAAUAAUCAUGUCUUCGCAUUAUACCACGGUGAAUGUCUCAUGAUCCCCUUCUCGUGUUCAAGUUGAUGCGGAUCGACGAUAAUCGCAGCUCUUCCCUGGAGCUUGCCGCUUGAAACCACCUUCUCCAACUCCUCGACCUGAUCUAACCCAUAGAACGGAGUCAUCUUUACCUUGACUGCAUGUUCGGCGACAAAGUGCAAAAGCUCCUCGCUCUCCUCCGCUGAGCACUGCAAGCUUCCCUUGAUUCUUACGUCUCUCAAUAUCAG